GCUGAGCAUCCCAUCCAUCGCAUCCCGCAUCCCGCAUUCCGCUUUACUCCACUCCACUACUCCCACCACUCAACUACGAGACGAACGAACUCAACUAACCCAACUCAACUAACUCCCUCAAACAUACUAGAACGGCCGGGAGUGCGAGGACUCGACGAAGAGCUAGACUCGCACCACCACGCACCACCACGCACCACCACCUACUCUAAAAAGUGCACUACCCACUGAGCAAUACUACUACCACCACUCUACACCACCAAAUCUCCACCACCACCACAGAAACUCGAACCCCCUCCAUAUUAAAUCGUCGCAACCACCGUCCCGGUAUGCGCUCGCCCAUCUAUCUACCUCCUCCCACCACCACCGCCGCAAUCCCUCUUUCUUCCCCAAAUACACCCACCGCCGGGCUGCCAAAAAUACUAAAAAUACGAAAAAAAUUAUAAUAAAUAUAACUACAAAAAAGAAAAUAAAACAAAAAGCAAAACCCACAAAGGCCACACUACACUCCCUGUGCUGGCUGCUGUCCCCCAUCCUUUCGUCUAUCGCAUCAACCCAACCCGUCGAACCUCGUUAUCCAUCACCGCCGCGCCCUCGCGUCUGAUACCCGCUAUCUCACCGACACAUCCACCGAGUCGCAAACACUUCCUCGAAUAACUAUCUCUCGUCGAAUCUACCCUCUAUCGCAUCCUGCGACUGUCGCGACUCUACAAACCAUCGCAUCCCGACCCUCUCGCACCAAUACCCACGCCCAUUGAUCCUUACGUUACCCUCGCCAGCUCGUCGCAUCGCAGUCUUGGCAAAAAAGAACACCACAGCACCGCACCCAGAACCCACCACACAUCACACAACACACACCGUCAUCCCCCCGCGAGCCCUCGUCGCGCCCGCACGCCUCGUCCCGUCGCCGCCUCCGCGCUUCAAUGGCAGACCAAUGACUAUGGCCACCGCCUCCGCGCCCAACGCCAGCACGCACCCUCACGCCUCCUCCGCCGCCGACAACUACGACCCCACCGACGUCGGUCCCCGCGACAGUCCACCCCCCCCCAUCCACCACCCCAAGCUCGAACCGACGCCCAGCCCGCCCGGCAUCGCGUCCGAGGUGAGCACGCCGCCUGGGAGUCCCGGCGCGCCGCAUAAGCCCGGGAGGAAGGUGUUGCGCCCGGUGCCGAAUCCGGGGGAUGUGGCGCUGCUGGACUCGAUGGCUGGGGGGAGGGCGAGGGAGAUUGCGGAGACGGCGGGGAGAGAGCUGAUACAGGCGCCUGAUGAGGAGGAGGGGGAUGAGGAUAUGAGGGCGGGGAGUGAGGGGGAGAGGGGGGUCGAGGUGCCGAUGGAGGGGAUGGGGAGGGAGGUGGAUUUGGAGGCGUUGGCGGCGGGGGCGUUGAGGGCGUUUAAUGCUGGAGAGGCGCCGGUGGGUAAGCAGAGUCAUGUGGAGGAGGUGGGGGGACAGCAGGUGGAUGACCAGAUGCGGCAUAUGUCUCCCAAGGCGUCCACUAUAAACGGGAACCAUGAUGAGCUUCCACCGAUCCAAGAGGCGUCCCCGAAAGCCGAAAAGCUGACCAACGUAACCCUGCCGUCCAUCUCGUCGCAACUAGCCAACCUAGGUGAGCUCAAGCAUUUAGCAGACGCCGCUAUCACAGCAGCUGUCGAUACAGCACCUCCCAACGGACACCGGCACUCGAUAUCCUCGCAAUCACCACCGCAACCACCGCUCUUCAGAGUAGGCGACCCAGCACACCACCACCCCGCACCAAACGUCCACACCUCACCACCCCCCAUCUCCCCGCGCGAGAGCUUCCACACUAUCCCCUCCCCCGGCUUCCCCGCGCCGCCAUUAUUCUUCCGGCGACAAUCCCAAGUCUCCGAUUCCGCGCCCUACACCAGCGGCGGCGACUUCACAGGGAACGUCGCGGACACAUCUACCACCGAUCACUCCGGUGCGACAGCCAACGGGAUUCCAGCGGGGAUCGACCGCAUGAGUAUAGACGGCAUCACGAACCCACUAGUGGGGGGGUUCCAGUGUAACUACCCCGGCUGCACGGCGCAGCCCUUCCAGACGCAGUACUUGCUCAACUCGCACGCGAACGUGCAUUCGCAGAACCGGCCGCAUUAUUGCCCUGUUAAAGGGUGUCUGAGGAGUGAAGGGGGGAAGGGGUUCAAGAGGAAGAAUGAGAUGAUUAGACAUGGGCUGGUGCAUGAGUCGCCGGGGUAUGUUUGUCCGUAUUGUAUGGAUAGGGAACAUAAGUAUCCGAGGCCGGAUAAUUUGCAACGACACGUCCGCGUCCACCACGUAGACAAAGAUAAAGACGACCCCCUCCUCCGCGAAGUCCUCGCCCAACGCCCCGAAGGACCAAGUCGCGGCCGUCGCCGGCGCGGCGGAAAUAAUUAACGAACCCCCCCCCAUUUUUUAUUUAUUCAUGUUACCCCUGUUUGCACAACGGCGUUAAAGAAACCGCCCCCCGACGAAAACGCCAACAAUCUGGCGACUAUCGAUCGUACCCCGCCUCCGCCACCCGACUGAAAAAAGGGGACUGGCAAAGAGAGGGGGGGAGAGGGGGGGUUGAUGGAGUUUGUGAGCUGAUAUAUAUAUACCAACGACUGGGGGAUGUGACGCUCUCGAACCGCUUUUUUUUCUUCUUUUUUGUGUUGGAGCGGAUAAACCCCCAGGGCAGCUGCUUGUUGUUGUUGUUAUUGUUACUUUUUUUGGUGUGUAUGUCGUGCACGAUGUGGAGGAUGUCUGUGAUGUUGUAUCUAGGAUGGAUGGUUAGGUCAUGUGGGCGAUUAUUGGACCUGAUGAGAUGCUUGGCAUCUAUCUUCUUCUUCUUUUCUAUGUUCAUACUUUUUUUUUGUGAUGGGAAGGAUAGGAUGGGUGACAUAGAGAGUACUACCUACAUAUUCCAUACGCUAUGGUUUAGAGAUG